UCCAGGAGAGGGUGGAGUGGAGGUUAUUCCUACCCCAGCAGCCAGGCCUUCUCUUCGGGAUAUGCAUUCACCCCAGCCUCAUGCCAAAUCUACUAUGGAGGAAGAUGUGAAGCGACACAGCGCCCCAGACAGCCCGCCACCACCACCACGCAGACAUAAAGAAAAGCAUGGCCAGAAAUCACCACCAGGCAAGCCUCUCAGCCGCCACCGCUCACUCCAUCGUACCCUGUCAGAUGAGAGUAUCUAUCGUGGCCAGCGCCUUCCUUCCCUGAGUGACUCAAUGACUGAACCGGCACUCGGCACUGAUGUUCUGUUCAGCUGUUCCACCCUCCCACGAUCACCCACAACCCGUGGUGUUCCCCUCCGACGGCCCUCCUACAAGCUGGGAGUCAAACUCCAUGGUGACCUUUCGGCAUCUGACACAUCAUUGGUGGAUUUGGUGGAGCGUCAUCGUGGACCCAUUCCCCAGGAGCUGAUGCCCCUCCCGUCUUCAGACAGGGACAGCCCCUUGGAGUGGACACACCUGGUGGAUGUGGCCAGUACAUUUGAAAGUGAAAGAAACACACACUAUGUUCAGAGAAGUUAUGUGUUUGGAGAUUCAAACCACCGAAGCAGCGGUGCUUCCAGUCCGCAACAGCCCCACAUAGAGCUGCAGCCUGCUCCGUUGUCACGGCCGUCAUCUAGUGAGGGUCACAUAGGCCUGGAGAGGAAGGUGACUAAGCUGGAGGCCAUGGUGAAGAUGCUCCAGGAGGACUUGAAGAAGGAGCGUGAAGAGAAGGUGAGGCUUCAGGGUCAGAUCAAGAGGCUCUGGGAGGACAACCAGAGACUGCAGGAGGAGUCCCAGACAUCUGCUGCAAAGCUCAAGAAAUUCACAGAAUAUUUUGAUCAAUGUUUGCAGCUUCUCUGAAACGUGACUCGAGUAUUUUGUGCCAAAUCAAACCCGCCACAGCAGAGGGUAGCAGAGACAUCCAUGUGACUUAAAAGAAGAAGUCUCUGAAAAGCCACGCCAAGUCAGACAGAUACGCGACAAAACUGCCAGCCCAGCCGCUUGGAGUUUGCUGAAAUCACAAACAAGAUGAAUGUGACGCCACAAGACCACUGGGCACUUCACGUGAAAAUGUAGAAUAAGAAGUUUAGUGUUUCUUCUCCUCAAAGUUACUGACCACGGAGGGGACGUCGAGGCUGUUUGUCCGUCAGCCAUGUACAUGGAAGCAGGUCGAUCCGCCGCUGAACAGGAGGGAAUCCUGGAUUUGUUUUUGGGGGGUUGGGGGGUUGUCCCUCCUCUGUGUUACUCAUAUCUGGAUUACAGUAUCCUAUAUGUCUCUACAGCACAAACCAACACCCCACAGAGGAGUAUAUUUAUAAGCCAUCGGCAUGUGGUGCCAUAAAACAUGACUGAUAUCCAGAGUGCUUUGGUCUAUCCCAAUUGUAUGUGUCUUAAAAGCAAUAGGAAGAAGUCAGGACUCCUGUCUGUCUCCAAAAAAGGUGGGGAGUUUGCUCUGGGAAGAUGAUUGAUGUGGGAAAAUGUGUUUUUCAAAGGUUAAUCUUAGAAGACACCAGUCUCUGCUGCACAAGAGCCUCCAUCCUUUCCAUUAAAGCGGUGUACAUCGUGCUUUUGUGAAAAGGGAAAGGGGCAGGAAAGAGGACUCCACUCACCAUCCCACUGUCUGGAAUACAGAGAGCAAGCUGAUAAUAAAUGUUCGAGACAUUUUUGGGAGGGAAAAGUAAGGGGAGAACUUUUUUCCCCAGGUUAAUUUAUUUCCUUGUAUUAUAAUUCCAAUAAAUAAGUUGUUCUAUUCGUACAGUACAACUGACAUGAGUGUUUAGUUCCUCAAGAAACGAUCACUAGCUAUAUUAUUUAAAUGGCUUUCUUUCUUAAUUCUGGCGAAAGUCCGACUAUAUGCUUUUAAUUCUGUAUUAUGUUGUAUUUUGUGGUGCCCAAGCCUGCUGUUGUGUUGCUUACAGUGCCCUCUAGUGAUGACCAGUGGAAAUGUCAUGAUUAUUAAAUGUGCUGCCAGUCACUCUGUAUUUUUCCACCGCCUCUUCUGCAAUCAGACAGACAUCAACCGGGAGGCCACGCAAGAACAGGACAGGGAGAAAAAUCAGAAGCCAGCUUUGAGAGACAAUCACAGGGUGAUUUUUGAUAAAGGAAGCAGACCUUAGGUGUACUUGUAUGUAUGUAUGUGGGUGUGUGUGUGUGGGUGCGUGUUAAAUUUUAACAUCUUUAGUUUUCCUCAGGUUCAGUAUUUGUUGGCAAUGUGAGGAUCUUGUGAGAAAGUAAUCCAACAAAAAAGUACUUACAUGGUUAUAUUGAAAUACUCCAUGAUAAGAGGGAGCUACAGCACCUCCUGUACCGGGGGCAGUGUGUGUUGUCAUUGUGUGAAUGUAUCCAGUCUAUCCAGCCGUGCCUACAGUCACUUAUUUUGGUCAUUUACUCCCAGGCAGAGCAGGGUCGUGCCUUUGAAACAGCACCUGGGGAACAGAUGAAAGGGAAAGGCUCUUCUUCAUCCUGAAAAAUGAACACACCUGGUAACACACACUCACCUUACACACUUAUUAGUUUGAAUCAACUUCACACUCACAGUUGUAGACUGUGCCUCAUAAAUGUGCUCCAGCAUUUCUCUCUCUCAUUCAUAUGAAUAUUUUUACUGAACCACAAUCUGGCUGGCCUGCCUCCAGACACAGGGUGUGUGAAGUGUAUAGAAAUGUGUCGGAGUGUGUGCCUUUGCAUUCAGUUACAUGCAGUAUAUUUUUCGAAUUAUUCAAAUAAAAUGGUCUCCAAAUCACAAAGCUAAUUACAACGCAAGUGGGAGCCACAAAGCUAUUUCCUUAGCCAGGUGUUGGGGUUAUUUCAUGUUGCUAACCUGAGCGUGUACAGUUAAACUAUUUUUCACAAAUGUGGUUUAAGCCUUAAUUCCCUGUCCCUUUUUCUAUCAAAACACCCUUUGAUGAAAAAAACACUCCCAGUUUUUGAAUCUCUUAAAGUAAAUUUGCUUCUUAAAUUGAUGCAAUUAAAACCCUGCAGCACAAAACGGCACCCGAUCUGAAUGUAAAGAGAAUUUCAACAAGCCUAAGAAAUGUGAUGUUUACUAUAACAGACAUUCAGCUCUGCAGUUUUGCGGGGAGAUGAGUAUACGCUUAACAAAAAGAAGUCAUGGUUCUGUUUUAAGAAUCUCUUGUAGACAGAACACCAGUGAACAGUAUAAUAGUAUGUAUGUUGUUUGGUGAGAUGAUUUGGUUGUAUAACAAGUUGGCCAGUUGUGAAAAGCAGUCUAGUCAUCCAACAAUGUGAAAUCCUCAUAAUAUACACAAAAUACGAGUCCUGUAGGCAGAAAUGUUCCCCUAUCCAGGACGUUUGGAGUGUAAAUUGCGUGUCAAUGUAUAAAUGAUGACUAAUAGGUAAUGUUUUACUGUACAUGGAAAGUGCUCUAGUUUUUUGUAUUUCAAACGAAGUAUGGCCAAAUGACAAACUGUGCAGUGCAGAUGUUUUGCUCGCAUCUUUAAAAGUGUGCAUUAAGUUGGAUGUUAGGUAGAUUACAAAGACAUAAACGCACACACACACCAGUCCAGUUACUCCAAUGUGAAUAUUGAGUUAUUUUACAGUGUAUAGUCUUUGUCUUUCCACAGCUUUGUUUUUGGUGCUUUUCAGAAAGAUAUGAAUGAUGUGAAUGUUCAAAUGUUCCAUUUUGUAAAAGCUUUUAUUUUUAAGAACCUUUGCACAAUGUGUUUACAGGUUUUGGAUAAGAAGAGGGAUUUGAUCCAUUCCUGUAUAAUCUUGUCUAGAUGUUGCUCCGUAGUUUUUCUGCCAGUGCAGUUCCUGACAAACAGAGGAAGGUGCUUGACUUUAAUCACUUGAAGAAAUCUGAACCCUUCUUUUCCUUAGGCGUCACUGAUCAGACGAGAGCAGGUUGGAUGUUGUUUGUAAGGGGUGCUGAUUUUCAGUCGAACACAACUUGUGAGGUUAGUGAUUGCAGCAGGGGGAGGAAGGUUUCAGAAAGCCGCCGUGUCGAGAUCCAUUUUGUUUCCUCCUGUUGGAAGAACAAACUAAACAGUGAAGUGAUCAGCUCUGACUGGUGAUUAAAAGCACACAGUUUCAUGAGGACCAUGCAUUUUACAGAAUUAGAAAUACUGUUUACAUCCCGGAUCCAUUGUCUUUGUAAAAUGUAAAGGUAUGAAAAAGACAUUUGCAGUGAUCACAGUAUUAAAGUUUCUGAAAUAAAUAAAAGGCGUAUCGACUUGU